UCGGACUCGUGGACUUUCGGACUGGGACUCGCGGUAUUGCUGGCAGCGAGAGCACUCGCAGUCGUUUGUGAGCGUUCGCAGCGCCAGCAAAGUGUUAAACGAAUAGCCAACAAAGCAAAUACAAUUAACCACAACUGGAAGCACUUCAGUCCAGCCGCAGAAGCAGCUAAGUUCACACCAACCUCUCGGAGAUUCCCCGCCAGGAGACAGGACAAGGAGUCAAGGAGUCAAGCAGCCAAGCAGCCAAGCAGCUGAAAGGAGUGCGAACAAUGUGCGCCGCGCUGCGUCGUAAUUUGUUGCUGAGGAGCCUCUGGGUCGUCCUGGCCAUUGGCACCGCUCAGGUUCAGGCCGCCUCGCCGCGAUGGGAGCCCCAGAUCGCCGUUCUCUGUGAGGCCGGACAAGUCUAUCAGCCGCAAUAUCUUUCCGAGGAGGGACGCUGGGUGACGGACCUCAGCAAGAAGACAACCGGGCCCACAUGUUUGCGUGAUAAAAUGGAUUUGCUCGAUUACUGCAAGAAGGCCUACCCCAACCGGGACAUAACCAACAUCGUGGAGUCAUCCCACUACCAGAAGAUCGGCGGCUGGUGUCGCCAGGGGGCUCUGAAUGCGGCCAAGUGCAAGGGAUCCCACCGAUGGAUCAAGCCAUUCCGCUGUCUCGAAGGACCAUUCCAAUCGGACGCCCUGCUGGUUCCCGAGGGCUGCCUGUUCGACCACAUCCACAACGCCUCCCGAUGCUGGCCAUUUGUGAGGUGGAACCAAACCGGAGCAGCCGCUUGCCAGGAGCGCGGCAUGCAGAUGCGCAGCUUCGCCAUGCUCCUGCCCUGCGGCAUCUCGGUCUUCUCCGGCGUGGAGUUCGUCUGCUGUCCCAAGCACUUCAAGACCGAUGAAAUCCAUGUGAAGAAGACCGACUUGCCGGUGAUGCCGGCGGCUCAGAUCAACACCGCCAAUGACGAGCUGGUAAUGAAUGACGAAGACGACAGCAACGACUCGAACUACUCCAAGGAUGCCAAUGAGGACGAUCUGGACGAUGAGGAUGACUUGAUGGGUGAUGAUGAGGAGGACGACAUGGUAGCGGAUGAGGCAGCGACCGCAGGCGGAAGCCCCAGCACCGGAUCCUCCGGCGACUCGAACAGCGGAUCUCUGGACGACAUAAAUGCGGAGUACGACAGCGGCGAGGAGGGCGACAACUACGAGGAGGACGGUGCUGGCUCCGAGAGCGAGGCUGAGGUCGAGGCCUCCUGGGAUCAGAGCGGAGGAGCCAAGGUUGUGUCCCUGAAGGGCGAUGCCUCGUCCGCGUCCCCGUCCAGUGCACCGGCAGCUUCUGUCCCCGAGAAGGCACCUAUGAAGUCCGAAUCGGUCACGAGCACUCCUCAGCUCUCCGCUUCUGCAGCCGCGUUCGUAGCUGCCAAUUCUGGAAACUCGGGAGUAGGAACUGGAGCUGCAGUUGGAGCAGGAGCAGGAGCUGGAGCACCACCAUCCACCGCACAACCCACUUCGGACCCCUACUUCACCCACUUUGAUCCGCACUACGAGCACCAGAGCUACAAAGUAAGUCAGAAAGAAGCCCAACAGCGCCUUGAGGAAUCGCACCGCGAGAAGGUCACGCGCGUGAUGAAGGACUGGUCCGAUCUCGAGGAGAAGUACCAGGACAUGCGCCUAGCGGACCCCAAGGCAGCCCAGUCCUUUAAGCAGCGGAUGACGGCUCGCUUCCAGACUUCUGUUCAGGCACUCGAGGAAGAAGGCAACGCCGAGAAGCACCAGCUGGCCGCCAUGCACCAGCAGCGCGUGCUGGCCCACAUCAACCAGCGGAAGCGCGAGGCCAUGACCUGCUACACCCAGGCCCUCACUGAGCAGCCCCCGAAUGCCCACCACGUUGAGAAGUGUCUGCAGAAGCUACUGCGCGCCCUGCACAAGGACCGGGCCCACGCCCUGGCCCACUACCGCCACCUGCUGAACUCUGGAGGACCUGGUGGCCUGGAAGCCGCUGCUUCGGAGCGUCCACGCACGCUGGAGCGCCUCAUCGACAUCGAUCGUGCCGUCAACCAGUCGAUGACCAUGCUCAAGCGCUAUCCAGAGCUGUCGGCCAAGAUUGCCCAGCUGAUGAACGACUACAUCCUGGCACUGCGCAGCAAGGACGACAUUCCCGGCUCAUCGCUGGGGAUGAGCGAGGAGGCGGAGGCCGGCAUUCUGGACAAGUACCGCGUCGAGAUCGAGCGCAAGGUGGCCGAGAAGGAGCGACUGCGGCUGGCGGAGAAGCAGCGCAAGGAGCAGCGGGCCGCCGAGCGGGAGAAACUGCGCGAGGAGAAGCUGCGCCUGGAGGCCAAGAAGGUGGACGACAUGCUCAAGUCCCAGGUGGCCGAGCAGCAGUCCCAGUCGACCCAGUCGUCCACCCAAUCGCAGGCGCAGCAGCAGCAACAGCAGCAACAGCAGCAGCAGCAGGACAAGAGCCUCGCCGGCAAGGAGCUGGUAGGUGGCGACGGAGCUCUGGUCACAGCGGCCAAUCCCAACCUAGAGACCACCAAGAGCGAGAAGGAGCUGUCGGACACUGAGUACGGCGAGGCAACAGUGAGCAGCACCAAGGUGCAGACCGUGCUGCCCACGGUAGACGACGACGCCGUCCAGCGGGCGGUGGAGGAUGUGGCCGCCGCCGUUGCCCACCAGGAGGCCGAGCCGCAGGUGCAGCACUUCAUGACCCACGACCUGGGCCACCGCGAAUCGAGCUUCUCGCUGCGCCGCGAGUUCGCGCAACAUGCGCACGCGGCCAAGGAGGGCCGCAACGUCUACUUCACGCUCUCCUUCGCCGGCAUCGCCCUGAUGGCGGCCGUUUUCGUGGGCGUGGCCGUGGCCAAGUGGCGAACAUCGCGCUCGCCGCACGCCCAGGGCUUCAUCGAGGUCGACCAGGUGGGUUGUCAGAACGUCACAACACACCAUCCCAUCGUGCGCGAGGAGAAGAUCGUGCCCAACAUGCAGAUCAAUGGGUACGAGAAUCCGACCUACAAGUAUUUCGAAGUGAAAGAGUAAGCGAGAUGGCAGAGCGAGCGAGUGGCACACAUCAACAUCAACAGCAACAGCAACAGCAACAAAAGCAACAAAAGCAACAGAAACAGCAACUGCAGCCACCGCGAUUUCAAAAUGGAAAACUUAAGCGUAAUAUUAAAGCAGAUGGGAGAGGAGAAAUGAUUUUUUUUUCGUCAAAAGGAGCGCAGUUUCAAUAAGCAAGAAUGGAAGGGUAGAAGAAGAAGAAAGAUAAAUUCAAUAAAUGGUAAUAUAUCUAUAUAUUAAAUUAAAGCAAGCAAGCAAGCAGAAAGGCAACAAUAUAAAGCAAGCAAUUAAAUUUAAGUAUUUGAAUGUUUAACAAAACGCCGUAAACAUCCUUUCCAGCUCCCUCUCUCUCUCUCUUUCUCUUCCCCUGUCUCUGUCUCUGUCCCAUCACCACACCCAUACACACACAUCAACAGAAGGCACACAUAGACACCUCCCGAGUAAGGAUCACAGGCGAGGGGAGGGGAGGGGAGGGGAGGAAGGAGAGGAGAGGAGAGGAGCGGAAGAAGAGCAAAACAAAAGAUAUUCCUAGUAAAUAAAUUGUCAACACACACACACACCCACUCACAUUCCAACACCGACUCACCACCAACAGACACAGACACACACAUACUACGACACAAACGCAUUCAUGCCUGCUUCGUAGCAUACUUUUGAGCGUACUUUUGAGCGUACUUUUGAGCGUGGCGUUAGAAUGCUUGCAAGCCGAUCGCAAUUCUUACCAAAACCUACGCCACUAAUUAGAGCGGCAGCAGGAGCUAGAAGAGGAAGACAGGAGGCAGAAACACCCACACACAGACAUACACACAGCCACAGAUACAGAAUCUCACACACCGAGACACUUGUGAACCCAAGAGCUACCUACGCGUACUAAUCCCUAUACGAUCGUGCAUAUGCGCAUACGCUUGUGUAUAUGUCGAACUUUCUCUCUCUGUAAGCCACACACACACACACACACUCACCAGAGAAGGAAGCACACAAAUCACGCCAACACAAGUUAGACACACACACACACACACGCUCAUACACUCACAUGCAUACACGCAAAAUAUAUACAAAAUAUUUACAGCAAAGCCAGAAGAAAUGUCCAUAAAUGUAUUUAUGUAUCUAUACACGAGCCACACAAACCAAAGGUCAAAGGUCAAAGGUCGCACGACGCUUGGCGGGCUUUGAAUAUAAUAUACGAAUCAGCUAUGUAACAGAAACAGAAACAAUGCAAAACGCUAAGCUAAUUGCAGACAGAAAGAAACAAAACAAAAGAGAAAGGCAAAAACCGAAUAUUAAAACGAAAAGCGAACAAAUUUUAGAACUUUUUCUGCAUAUUUUGUGUGUAAGUCGAUGGUCGAACAGAAACAAGAACAAAAAGGAUUUCUCUCUUUUUUACGUACAUUUUCACCGAAAAGACAGCACAAAACAAGACAGCAGUCACACCCACACACACACACAGCACACACACACACACACUGAACGGAGCCCUUGAGCCAAGUUGAGUUUAAAUGAGUUAAAUUGAGUUGAGUUGAGUUGAGUUGAGUUGAGUUGUUGCAUUUCAUAUCGCAAGUGUUGCAUAAUUGCAAUUGCCUUUAAAGCGAAAAACUGGCGCAGCAAGAAGAGAUAAGCGGGCUCGGCGAACCGGAGACGGAAUCGCAAAAUCCAGGGAGACGGCAUCGGCACCGGCACCACCUAGAGUGGAUAGUGGAGAGUGGAGAGUGGAGGCUCCGAGGAACCCGAAGAACCCGAGGCGCAGAGGCGCAGAGAUAAACCAAUUCGAAGCGGCUAGUUCAUUUCACGGCUCGAUUGCUUGGCAAAUAUUUGGCCUGUUUUGUUCGAGCAGCGAGAUACUGUUACUCAAUCAAGCCAAAUAAUCGAAAUGCUUUCCCCGCCGAAAGCCGACAAGUGGCUGCCCUUCUCGGUUCGCGUUCCCAUUGCGAUCUGCGUUCAAUUUCAAUUGCGACUGAUCUUGAUGCUGGCCAUUUUCUUGGUGAUUCACUUGGUGGCUCACUUCGGCUGACAGGAAGUGCGGAAGUUUCGGGGGAAACAGGAACUCAGCUGCAACAGGAACUCAGAUUAAUGCUGAGAUGUUACUAAAUCAAACUUGCGGCGAUUUCACCGAAAUGAUCAGGAAGAAAGCUCAGACUUAAGUAGACAUUUGUUAGAUUUACGAGUUUCGUUUAUUCACUUUCACAUCAGUUGCAGACAUUAUUUGGCGUUGGUGUCUGAGUUCAGUAUCCAAUAUCUGAUAUCUAUUGAUAUUCAUGGCCCCAUUUUCAGCAUCAGCUUCAGCUUAAGUUCUGAUUUUAAUUGACCUGCAUUGCAAUGGCCAUUUGAAUGGCAUGAAUAGGGGGGGAAUGUUUAGAACACUUGGCACAAAAGCAUGGCAGAUGAAGGCAAUCAAGGCGAAUCCACGGCGCUCCACGACACAAACAAAAACAUAAACAGACACGUUAUAUAAUGUAUUACAAACAUAUAUAUAUUUCAAGAGGAAAAACCAAAUGGCAAAUCAACUACACAAGAGCAAAUAAGAAGAAAUCUUACUAGUCAAAGCUUGAAUAUUUUUUAAUUUAUUCAUUAAUGCAACAAGAACAAGAAGAAAAAAAUGAAAAAAGUAUACAUAUAUAAAAAAAACAACAAAAAAAGAAAAAACAAUUGAUAUUUACACUUAGUAAAGCAAAAAGCAAAACCAAAAAACAAAAAAAGCGAAAAGUAUAAGCGAAGAAAGGAACAAAAAAACAAAAAUGAUGCAAAUGUGUAAGAAAUAAACCCCGUCCUGCAUAAAUAAAAUUAAAUAAAAGAAUAAAAUAAAUGGAAGCGUAUAGAAUAUCAUAAAGUAAAGAAGAUUUACACAAAACUUAAAUGCAAAACAAACAAACAAAGAAAACAAAACAAAACAAAAUACGAGAAAGCAAGAACAACAAAAUUAUAAUGAAAUCGCAUGUGUUUUUGUCGUAGUCUCAUCAUUGAAAAC